UUUUCGGCACGUGAGUCGAGGUGUCUAAGCAGCAAGGUGUUAAGCUGUGAUAUAGUUUGCAAGAGAAUCGUCGAUUCAGCCACAAAGACGUCACGCAUUGCAACAUACACGCCUGUCGUCAGUGGCAAGUAUUAUUUUUAUUUCUCGGCGGAUAUCACGUGACGUGAGUAGCUGUCAAACGAGUAGUGUGUUUGUGGAUGGCUCACCUAUAGCGUGUACCUGACGCUGACCGAUAUACAAGGGCACCCUAGCUCACAUAUUGAUGGCCAAGCAGAUGUACGUAGGCAUUGACAGCAGUAGCUAGACACAGCGUUCAGCCAGUCUGUCACACUGCUUUGGCGAAGCUCGGCUUGGCAAAGAAUCGCAGGCCGGUGUAUACAGAUCUAAGUACAUACGUGUAUAAUUUAUACAGCCUCUCGAUCUUUUUACCUUAACCAAUUUCAGCGAACAGCCGGACGUACAUAAUGCCCGCGCCGGUGUUUAGGGGGACAGUGUUCGCCCCCAAUACGGACCUGUACGCCAUUGACAAUGCUAAUCGUGUUUUAGAGCGCCAUGUAUUUGACAGGAAAGAAGACGGCUACCGGUUAUCGUCUACUAAGACAUUCCGAGGGAAACCACUCGCCAUCACGUACAUGUCCGUGAAAACCGGAUUCGAUUUCGACGGUGUUGUGAUCACGUUAGACACGCGGAACAUUCGCUUCAUCUCCUGUCCCUUCCUCGACGUGAGACGUACGGUGUAUUCAUACGGGAGGUGCACGGCUAUCACCGCCGUGCCCCACACCCAGUCGCUGCUAGUCGUCAACUCUGAGACCGCCUCGAUAGACGUGAUCAACAUCUACGGCGUGCCGAUGAAGCGCUUCGACCUGCCGGACAUACUUAACCCGGGACCAGAGUUGAUGGGCCCAGCCUCUGUGGCGCUGUCCACCCUCGGGGAGAGGGAGGUGGUGACCGUCGCCUCAGACACGGGCCUGUAUGUGAUGACAGUGGACAUUGAUAAAACUAAAACACUUAUUCUCACGCCUAGGCAAGCCAUGAAGAAGACGGAUAACUUUUGUCCAAUCAGCGUGGCAGCUCUAAAUGACCUCCUGUUCGUGGCCAAUGGCUCCGAAGACGAGCCGAAGAUUCACCGGUACUCCCUGUCGUUACGCGACAAACCCCCGGAGACGGUAGUCCUGACUGAAGCCGGUGAGAUGGGCGAAAGUGACCCCGUGUCUAUCUGUAUCUUAAAAAUAGACCAGGACAAUUUCCGUCUGGGAGGGUCUCGCCGACACGACAACGCCCGCGGAAUGGACCUUUUGUUUUAUAAAGACUUCGGGCCUGAAGAAAACUGACAAACAGCGGUGCAGGGCUGAAAGCUAAUUCCACCCAAGAAGUGUGUUUGUGAAUUUUGGUUAUGUGGUGUAGGAGUAUUGAUAUAAAUCCCGAGAGACCAUCUCGUCGUUUGAUUUCCGUUGAGAACUGGAUCCCGCACAAGGUUUCGUGGUAAAGAAGUGAUGUCCAGAGGUUCAUGCUUGAAUGCACUGUUCAAGAGUAAGCAAAGAUUUGCGCACGCACGUGAAGGCAAAAGGGCGUGAAAUGAUCUUAUUUGAUAAGACUUGUAUCACGUGAUUAUACUACGAGACUCAGUCGACCACUGCCAUACUUCCAGUCGACUUCUCAGGACAGCAACCAAUCGGUCUGACCAAUAUUAUUGUCUUGCCCUCUUAAACACGGCCUUGCGGAUAUUUUGUGUGAUGCACUGUGGAUGUCGUCUUGGUGUUUGGGUAAAUUGUAUAUUCAUAUUAUUUUUAUGGGAAAAUCGUUGAUAAACGUUGAUUUUCGAAAUUUUAUAUAUAUGCAUAUAUUGGUGUAGAGCCACUGAGUUAUUCAUUCACUAACCAAAUAUGCGUGCACUGUUUUCAAAAUUAAAAUUUUAGUGAAAAUUAGCCAUCAAGACGUGCUU